UUUGGCUCCGGAGACGCGCUGGACGCAGCGGACUGUCCCGGCUGGUUCUCUGCAGCCCGGAGCUGGAAAGAAGCUUCCGCUGCUGACUAGAAACCAGCGCCUAGGCGAAUCUGACACAUCCGCGCUUUUUAGGCAACUUUCAGAUAAAACAAACCCGGGAUAAAACAGGAAGGACAGCGGAGACUCUACGCAUCUUCCCCCCGGCCGACAGCUGAGUCUGCCGGGGCGCGCUCCUGGCGGCGGACCGCUGAUCUUAACUGGACCUAAACGGAUCUUCAGUUCAUUUGUUCAGAUGAAAGCUUCUCCCACAGGCUGCUUCACAGCGUGAACUUCUUCAGAGAGCGCAGCAGUGCAGCCAUGCUGAAGCCAGGCGAUCCCAGCGGCUCGGCCUUCCUGAAGGUGGACCCGUCCUACCUGCAGCACUGGCAGCAGCUCUUCCCUCAGGCUCAGCUAAAGGCACCUUUGGCUCCCCCUCCUCCUCCACCUGACCGCCUCUCCAUCGCCAUGGACACCCUGCGCCCGUCCCGCCUGCACACCCACCUCCUGGCCUCCACGCACUGCACAUCCUCAUCUUCUUCUUCCUCCACUUCUGCCUCUGCAGUUCCUUCUUCUUCAGCAGCCGCAGCAGCCGCAGCAGCAGCAGCAGCGGUGGCUGCUGCUCUUACUCCAUCCUCCUCCGUCUCCAUCUCCACCUCCACAGGCCUCUCUCAGCUGCCCGUCCCUCAACAAAUUGCCCUCUUUGGGCAGGCUCUGGCACCAGUGUGCACUGGCCCUGUAGGACCAGGAGCAGGAGGGGGAGGAGGAGGAGGAGGACCAGGACCAGGAGGUGCAGCAGACCUGGUGGUGGUGGUCCCCCCGGAGAACCAGCAGGGUCACAACACAGCCGCGGAGCUCCUCCAUCAAGCCAAGGAGCAGAGCUAUGGUGGGGUUGGGGUGGUGUCGUCCAGCGUGAAGAGCAGCAGCAUCGGAGGAAGCAGUGAGGAGAGCAGAAGGUUCAAGCUGACAUCCGAGGAGCUGGACUUCUACCUGUACGGCCAGCAGAGGAUGGAGAUCAUCCCGCUGAGCAACCACACAGGAGAGGUCAACAACCGCUGUGACAUGUGUGCAGACAACAGGAACGGGGAGUGUCCAAUGCACGGCCCUCUUCAUUCUCUGCGCCGCUUGGUCGGGACCAGCAGCACAGCAGCGCCUGUUCCUCUGCCAGACGUCCCUGAUUGGCUGAGGGAUCUGCCCAGAGAGGUGUGUCUCUGCACCAGCACGGUUCCUGGUCUGGGUUACGGGAUCUGUGCCGCUCAGCGGAUACCUCAGGGAACCUGGAUCGGCCCGUUUCAGGGCGUCCCACUCAUGGUGGAGAGACUGCAGUCUGGGACUGUCAGGAACAGCAGACAUCUGUGGGAGAUCUAUGAUGCAGAGGGAACAUUGCAGCACUUUAUUGAUGGAAAUGAUCCCAGUAAAUCUAGCUGGAUGAGAUACAUCCGCUGUGCGAGACACUGUGGGGAGCAGAACAUGAUGGUGGUACAAUACAGGUCCUGCAUCUUCUACAGAGCCUGUAUGGACAUCCCCAGAGGAACAGAGCUGCUGGUCUGGUACAACGACUCCUACACGUCCUUCUUCGGCAUCCCGCUGCAGUGCAUUGCUCAGGAUGAAAACUUAAACGUCCCAGCUACAGUAAUGGAGGCCAUGACCAGACAAGAGUCCCUCCAGUCCUUCAGCAAAAACAGCAAACCAUCCUCAUCUUCAUCAUCUUCCACCCCCCCAGCCACUCUGUUACGAUCCAUGGUCUUCCCCCACUCCCCCUGCUCUCGGAGUUUCUCGCUGCUAGAUAAGGUCGGGGUCGCGGUUCAGUCCGACUCCAGUUUUGGCCAGCUGGGGUCGAAGAACCAGCGAGUCCUGGCGAGCCCGACCUCAACCAGCCAGCUGAGCAGCGAGUUCAGCGACUGGCACCUGUGGAAGUGUGGUCAGUGUUUCAAGACCUUCACCCAAAGGAUCCUGCUGCAGAUGCACGUCUGUCCACAGAAUCCUGACAGACCGUACCAGUGUGGCCACUGCUCCCAGUCCUUCUCACAGCCCUCAGAGCUGAGGAACCAUGUGGUGACGCACUCCAGCGACCGACCCUUCAAGUGUGGAUACUGCGGCCGGGCUUUCGCCGGCGCCACCACCCUCAACAACCACAUCCGCACGCACACCGGAGAGAAGCCGUUCAAGUAAGUAACAGUGCGAGCGCUGCGACCGCAGCUUCACGCAGGCCACUCAGCUCAGCCGCCAUCAGCGACUCCCCAACGAGUGCAAACCUGUGAACGAAAGCACCGAGUCCAUCGAGGUGGAUUAACCUCUGACCUUGAACUGACUGACAGCACGUCCAUCCAUCCCCACUAAGCCAACGUCUGCACUCCUCAGAGUCUCUUCAGUAACUCUGAAGACAUCUGUCUUUCCUCCUUGGCGUCAGCCGGAAAACCUGCAGCAUUCCCAGUCCUGGAUUUCAGAGACUUUCAUUCGGUGACGUUGGAAUAAUUACUCAUCUAAUCUGAGAGAAACUAGGAUUGAGCCGUUAACCAACCCGGAUCCGUUUGUACAGCCGAACUUCUGCUGCAAGCACAGACAGAUUCAGGUGUCUGAAACCUAGAUUCAACCAAACCAAAGAUCCUUUUUUCCCAACAGAGACAGAACUUCCCAACAGAAGAAGCUUCCUGGACGCAGAUAUUUAGUGGAGACCUUUGGGAAUACCAACAUGCUUUCUUCCAAAGAAACUUAGCAGAAACUGGGGCAAAGACACGAAGAAAUGUCAAAUAAAAUCAGAGUGAUUGUCUUCCUGUAGCUUUAUCGGGCUGAUUUUACCAAAGACGUUCAGAACCAAAGCAAGCAGAACAGAACUAGUUUAACUUCAGAAACACAGAAAGCGGUGAGUUCAUUGUAGAAAAAGAACUAAAGAGUAAAACAUAUUAUAUUUAUCUUCUGGCUCAUUUAUGCUGCGAGCACUUUUAGUUCCAGAUGUUAAGUUAAUUUCUGCAGCUCUGAUGUUGUUAAAUGUAAAGAGGAGAAAUCUGAAGGGAUUUCUCCUAGAAAUAAUCCCAGUGUUGGAUAUGCGGCUAACAUAGCAUGACUUUAAUCCUCGUUUUUUACUUCAUGUUUUAUAAUCUCUGAUCAUCUGAAGACACACGACUCUGAAUGUUUUAGGCUUUCAAACCUCCUCUCCUCUCUAAGAACGUGUUUGACUCCAUUUUUCCUCACAUGUGUAAAUAAUCAUGAUGAAACAUUUUGAAUAAAACCAGUGAGGGAACAAGCACGGUCUUUACAUGAACGCCACAAAUGCUUUCUGUGCCUGAGAGUUGAAAAGCUGCUCCUUUCCAACCCAAACAUGGAAUAAAGUAACUUAAAGAGAUGUUUCACUGCAGGACAGGAAGGUUUUAACCUCAGCUGCUGUUUUCUUUCACCUGAUGUAACAAACGCAACGUUUUUACUGAAUAAAGAAUAAAGAAAAACAUUUUCCUGCCAA